ACAUUAAGUGCUGUAGAGCUGACGUGUGACACUUGUUCUAUGUCUGAGGCUGAGCUUCGUGAACCCAUGGAACAUUUAGCUUAGCUGCCCGACAUCGUCACCAGAGCAGCGGCACAAAACACACCUCGGGAACAUGCUUUGGUUCGAAGGCUCGAUUCCUGCCGCCAUUAACUCGGCAAAGCAGCGGGGUUUCAUUUUCGUCGUCGUCAUUACUGGCGAAGACGAACAGUCCGCACUGCUGAUGUCCAGCUGGGAGGACGACACAGUCUCAGAGGCAGCACUCAACUGCUGUGUGGCCAUCAAAGUCGAUGCCAAGAGUGAAGCCUGUAUGCAGUUCUCCCAGUUCUAUCCAGUCGUGUGCAUACCCUCUUGCUUCUUUAUUGGAGAGAAUGGGAUUCCUCUGGAGGUCAUUGCUGGGAGUGUGUCCGUCGAAGAACUGAUGAAAAGAAUCAACAGAGUUAAGCAGAUGCAUACUCAGCAGAUUGGAGGUGCCGCAGUGUUUCCAGAGGCAAGUACUCCUGUGGAGACCAGCUCACAUAAAAACACAGAAUCAGCUGUAGCCUCAGCUCCUGCAAAGCCUGUCAGGUCAGAAGCAGAAGCCACAGAUCUUGCAGCAGUAUCUGGAAGUGCAAAAGCAUCUCUAUCAAGCCCAGAAGAUGCCCAAGUGACUCUUGCAGAGAAUGCAUCUUCAGAUGAUGCUACUCACUGUGCUCAGAAUGAGGAAAACCUGGACGCUAAGGUGCAAAGGUUAAACAAAAAGCUGGAGGAGAGACAAGAGCAAAGGAAGAAAGGAGAAGAAGAGAAUGAGAUCAGAAAGGAAAUGCAGCGGCGGAAGAUUGGGAAAGACAUGCAGGACGUAAAAAGGAAACAAGAAGACGACAAGACUAAGCGACUCCUGGAGGAGAGGAAUCGGGAGAAGGCCGAGGAGAAGGCUGCCAGGGAGCGGGUCAAACUUCAAAUCGCCAUGGACCGAGCUGACAGAGCGGCUCGCUAUGCCAAAACACAGGAAGAGGAGAAAGCUGUUAAGGAGGCUCUGCUGCAGGUCCGACAGGCAGAGCAGGAGGCCAGGAAGGAGACACUGGUCAGGCAGAGGAGUACCAUAGCAAGGAUACAGUUCCGGCUCCCAGACGGCUCGUCUUUCACCAACCAGUUUCCCUCGCAGAGCACACUGCAGGAGGCUCGACAAUUUGCAGUUCAGGAAGUGGGAAACCGUUACGGCAACUUCUCCCUGGCGACCAUGUUCCCUCGGCAUGAGUUCACUAGUGAAGACCUGAACAAAACUCUGCUAGAGCUGGAAUUGGCUCCAAGUGCUUCCAUUGUGCUUCUGCCGCAUUCAGGCAGGCCUUCUAACACUGUAGUCCAGUCCUCUGGGGGUGGUGUCUGGGCUGUUCUGGGAACACUCCUCUAUCCUCUACUGGCUGUUUGGAGAUUCCUCAGCACCUACCUGUUUACAACCCCCCCACCUCCUGGACCGGCAGCCCAAGGCCCCACCCAGCAGGCCAGCUCUUAUACCAACUCAUCAUCAGCCUCAGACAAGGCAAAGAGAGAAACUCACACACUGGAGAAGCGCCCCAAAGACUUCAAGAAAGAGGGUAAAAUCUGCAGUCUGAGGACUCAGGAGGACAGUGAGGAUGACAACAACACCUGGAACGGGAACUCUACCCAGCAGAUGUAAAAUGAAUGAAUUCAUUCUGACCAGUUUAUGGUUUCUGCUGCAGCUGAUCCUUCAGUUUUCUACCCCAUUCAGGUUUGGUAAUAACAUCCAUCCUGAGUGAUCCGAUUGGUCAGCACCUAGUUCAGGUCUGAAUGUGCCUAAAUGCUUCCUGAAUUCAGUGAGAUCUGAUCACUCAAACCACAUGCAGAGGUGGUCUGGGACGCGCUCCUCUCGCUCAUAAUUUGACCUUAGAAAAUACAUGAUUAUUAGCAUAUAGAGUGGGGAAGAGAGAUAUCACAAGUGGUAACUGGAGACAUUUAAUGCCAGGUGUAAAACACACGUACUUAACGCCGUCCACUUGAAAUUGGAUCUCUCAGGACUGAUGUUGAUACCAGGUCUGAACAGGGCGUUUGUUUUACUGUGUUCCAAACCUACGCCCUCCUUUGUCUCCUAACUUUGGCUCAGAAUGCAGCAGCUUCACAGAGUGCGCUAAGCUACACCAGUAUCCUCUUUGGGUUGUUGGUAGAUAAUUGUCAGAUACAUCAUAACAAAGUUAAUUAUUGAUUACGAUUAUCAGACACCAAAGUAAAUAGAGAAUAAACAGCAGACCUGAAGAUGGUGUAAUCUGAGUUCGGAUUCACAUUGUUAUGGACUCCAUGCAAUUUAGAAAUGUCUAACUUUGAAAAGUGGUUGGCUGAUCGUCUGCGACUUAUCCCAUCUAGCAGCAAAAUGAAGACAUUUUUGUCUAGGAUGUAUAAAACAUGUCAUCAAACAGCUUGCAACUGCUGGCAGAGGACUGUGCAUCUACUAAGGUGGUCCGUACAAACACACACACCUUGGCAACAUGUGUUUCUACGAGCUGACAAUGGGCAACUACUGAAGUUCUCCUCAUUCAAAUAUGAAAAUUAAAGCAGUCUGUUUUUCA